CCCGCACUGGCCAUUGGCUUGUCCUGGUCUCUUUUUCAUGUCCAGCCCCUGAUGUGUGUCCAUUGGUGUGAGCUUCCCCUUCCCUCCUCCCCUUCUCUCCUGCUCGCCCUGCCCAUGUUUUGUGUGUCUCUGUCCAUCCAGACUCCUGACGUUCAAGUUCGCAGGGACGUCACGUCCGCACUUGAACUUGCAGCUCAGGGGGGCUUUUGCCAUUUUUUUCAUCUCUCUCUCUCUCUCUCUCUCUCUCUCUCUCUCCCCCUCUAUCUCUCUCUCCUCUCUCUCUCUCUCUCUCUCUUUUUUUUUUUUUGCUUAAAAAAAAAAAAGCCAUGACGGCUCUCCCACAAUUCAUCUUCCCUGCGCCAUCUUUGUAUUAUUUCUAAUUUAUUUUGGAUGUCAAAAGGCACUGAUGAAGAUAUUUUCUCUGGAGUCUCCUUCUUUCUAACCCGGCUCUCCCGAUGUGAACCGAGCCGUCGUCCGCCCGCCGCCGCCGCCGCCGCCGCCGCCGCCCGCCCGCCCCGCAGCCCACCAUGUCUCGCCGUAAGCAAGGCAAACCCCAGCACUUAAGCAAACGGGAAUUCUCGCCCGAACCUCUUGAAGCCAUUCUUACAGAUGAUGAACCAGACCACGGCCCUUUGGGAGCUCCAGAAGGGGACCAUGACCUCCUCACGUGUGGGCAGUGCCAGAUGAACUUCCCAUUGGGGGACAUUCUUAUUUUUAUCGAGCACAAACGGAAACAAUGCAAUGGCAGCCUCUGCUUAGAAAAAGCUGUGGAUAAGCCACCUUCCCCUUCACCAAUCGAGAUGAAAAAAGCAUCCAAUCCCGUGGAGGUUGGCAUCCAGGUCACGCCAGAGGAUGACGAUUGUUUAUCAACGUCAUCUAGAGGAAUUUGCCCCAAACAGGAACACAUAGCAGAUAAACUUCUGCACUGGAGGGGCCUCUCCUCCCCUCGUUCUGCACAUGGAGCUCUAAUCCCCACGCCCGGGAUGAGUGCAGAAUAUACCCCGCAGGGUAUUUGUAAAGAUGAGCCCAGCAGCUACACAUGUACAACUUGCAAACAGCCAUUCACCAGUGCAUGGUUUCUCUUGCAACACGCACAGAACACUCAUGGAUUAAGAAUCUACUUAGAAAGCGAACACGGAAGUCCCCUGACCCCGCGGGUUGGUAUCCCUUCAGGACUAGGUGCAGAAUGUCCUUCCCAGCCACCUCUCCAUGGGAUUCAUAUUGCAGACAAUAACCCCUUUAACCUGCUAAGAAUACCAGGAUCAGUAUCGAGAGAGGCUUCCGGCCUGGCAGAAGGGCGCUUUCCACCCACUCCCCCCCUGUUUAGUCCACCACCGAGACAUCACUUGGACCCCCACCGCAUAGAGCGCCUGGGGGCGGAAGAGAUGGCCCUGGCCACCCAUCACCCGAGUGCCUUUGACAGGGUGCUGCGGUUGAAUCCAAUGGCUAUGGAGCCUCCCGCCAUGGAUUUCUCUAGGAGACUUAGAGAGCUGGCAGGGAACACGUCUAGCCCACCGCUGUCCCCAGGCCGGCCCAGCCCUAUGCAAAGGUUACUGCAACCAUUCCAGCCAGGUAGCAAGCCACCCUUCCUGGCGACGCCCCCCCUCCCUCCUCUGCAAUCCGCCCCUCCUCCCUCCCAGCCCCCGGUCAAGUCCAAGUCAUGCGAGUUCUGCGGCAAGACGUUCAAAUUUCAGAGCAACCUCGUGGUGCACCGGCGCAGCCACACGGGCGAGAAGCCCUACAAGUGCAACCUGUGCGACCACGCGUGCACGCAGGCCAGCAAGCUGAAGCGCCACAUGAAGACGCACAUGCACAAGUCAUCCCCCAUGACGGUCAAGUCCGACGACGGCCUCUCCACCGCCAGCUCCCCGGAACCCGGCACCAGCGACCUGGUGGGCAGCGCCAGCAGCGCGCUCAAGUCUGUGGUGGCCAAGUUCAAGAGCGAGAACGACCCCAACCUGAUCCCGGAGAAUGGGGACGAGGAGGAAGAGGAGGACGACGAGGAAGAGGAAGAAGAGGAGGAAGAGGAGGAGGAGGAGCUGACGGAGAGCGAGAGGGUGGACUACGGCUUCGGGCUGAGCCUGGAGGCGGCGCGCCACCACGAGAACAGCUCGCGGGGCGCGGUGGUGGGCGUGGGCGACGAGGGCCGCGCCCUGCCUGAUGUCAUGCAGGGCAUGGUGCUCAGCUCCAUGCAGCACUUCAGCGAGGCCUUCCACCAGGUCCUGGGCGAGAAACACAAGCGCGGCCACCUGGCGGAGGCCGAGGGCCACAGGGACACUUGCGACGAAGACUCGGUGGCCGGCGAGUCGGACCGCAUAGACGAUGGCACUGUUAACGGCCGCGGCUGCUCCCCGGGCGAGUCGGCCUCGGGGGGCCUGUCCAAAAAGCUGCUGCUGGGCAGCCCCAGCUCGCUGAGCCCCUUCUCCAAGCGCAUCAAGCUCGAGAAGGAGUUCGACUUGCCCCCGGCCGCGAUGCCCAACACGGAGAACGUGUACUCGCAGUGGCUCGCUGGCUACGCGGCCUCCAGGCAGCUCAAAGAUCCCUUCCUUAGCUUCGGAGACUCCAGACAAUCGCCUUUCGCCUCCUCGUCGGAGCACUCCUCGGAGAACGGGAGCUUGCGCUUCUCCACGCCGCCCGGGGAGCUGGACGGAGGGAUCUCGGGGCGCAGCGGCACGGGAAGUGGAGGGAGCACGCCCCAUAUUAGUGGUCCGGGCCCGGGCAGGCCCAGCUCAAAAGAGGGCAGACGCAGCGACACUUGUGAGUACUGUGGGAAAGUCUUCAAGAACUGUAGCAAUCUCACUGUCCACAGGAGAAGCCACACGGGCGAAAGGCCUUAUAAAUGCGAGCUGUGCAACUAUGCCUGUGCCCAGAGUAGCAAGCUCACCAGGCACAUGAAAACGCAUGGCCAGGUGGGGAAGGACGUUUACAAAUGUGAAAUUUGUAAGAUGCCUUUUAGCGUGUACAGUACCCUGGAGAAACACAUGAAAAAAUGGCACAGUGAUCGAGUGUUGAAUAAUGAUAUAAAAACUGAAUAGAGGUAUAUUAAUACCCCUCCCUCACUCCCACCUGACACCUCCUUUUUUCACCACCCCCCCCUUCCCCAUCGCCCUCCAGCCCCACUCCCUGUAGGAUUUUUUUCUAGUCCCAUGUGAUUAAACAAACAAACAAACAGAAGUAACGGAAGCUAAGAAUAUGAGAGUGCUUGUCACCAGCACACCUGUUUUUUUUUUUUUUCUUUUUCUUUUUUUCUUUUUCUUUUUUUCCUUUAUGUUCUCACCGUUUGAAUGCAUGAUCUGUAUGGGGCAAUACUAUUGCAUUUUACGCAAACUUUGAGCCUUUCUCUUGUGCAAUAAUUUACAUGUUGUGUAUGUUUUUUUUUUUUAAACUUAGACAGCAUGUAUGGUAUGUUAUGGCUAUUUUAAAUUGUCCCGGAUUCGUUGCUGAGCAAACAUGUUGCUGUUUCCAGUUCCGUUCUGAGAGAAAAAAAGAGAGAGAGAGAGAAAAAGACCAUGCUGCAUACAUUCUGUAAUACAUAUCAUGUACAGUUUUAUUUUAUAACGUGAGGAGGAAAAACAGUCUUUGGGUUAACCCUCUAAAGACAGAAUAGACAGCACUGAAAGAAAAUCUCUAUGAGCUAAAUGUCUGUCUCUAGAGGGUUAAAUGUAUCAAUUGGAGAGGAAAAAAAAAGGCCUUGAAUUGACAAAUUUUAACAGAAAAACAAAACAAGUUUAUUCUAUCAUUUGGUUUUAAAAUAUGAGUGCCUUGGAUCUAUUAAAACCACGUUGAUGGUUCUUUCUACUUGUUAUAAACAUGUAGCUUAAUUCAGCAUUGGGUGAGGUAAGAAAUCUUAGGACCUAGCAUAUAAUUCUAUAUUGUAUUUCUCACAACAAUGGCUACCUAAAAAUAUGACCCACUAUGUCCUAGUUAAUCAUCAUUUUCCCUUUAGUUUAAUCUUAAAAGCAAAACUGAUUAUACCAGUAUAAACGCUAUUUUGCUCCUGGUGAGAGCUUAAAAGAAAUGGGCUGUUUUGCCCAAAGUUUUAUUUUUUUUUUUAAAUGAUGAUUAAAUUGAAUGUGCAACGUGCAAAAGCCCCGGAAUACAAUUAAAUACAUUAGUAAGGAAUUCAUUUUAUGGAGAUAACUUAAAUAAUGUCUGUUCAAAAAAUUCUGGCACCAAAAGAAAUAGAUCCAGAUCUACUUGGUUGUCAAAGGGACAAUCAAAUGAUAAACUUUAAGACCUCGUAGACCAUAUUAAAAAGAAGAGACUGACAAUAAGGUUUGACAGGAGGGUAACAGAGGAAGAAAAUACCUGAUCUUUUAGCACAACGUGGUACUAUUUGCCCUUUUAAACUAGAACAGGUGUAUAAGCUAAUACUGAUACAAUGAUGAUUAACUAUGAAUUCUUAAGACUUGUGUUUAAAUGUGACAUUCUUAAAAAAGAAGAGAAAGAAUUUUAAGAGUAGCAGUAUAUAUGUCUGUGCUCCCUAAAAGUUGUACUUCAUUUCUUUUCCAUACACUGUGUGCUAUUUGUGUUAACAUGGAAGAGGAUUCAUUGUUUUUAUUUUAUUUUUUUAAUUUUUUCUUUUUUAUUAAGCUAGCAUCUGCCCCAGUUGGUGUUCAAAUAGCACUUGACUCUGCCUGUAAUAUCUGUAUCUUUUCUCUAAUCAGAGAUACAGAGGUUGAGUAUAAAAUAAACCUGCUCAGAUAGGACAAUUAAGUGCACUGUACAAUUUUCCCAGUUUACAGGUCUAUACUUAAGGGAAAAGUUGCAAGAAUGCUGAAAAAAAAAAUUGAACACAAUCUCAUUGAUGAGCAUUUUUAAAAAAAAAAAACUAAAAAAAAAAAAACUUUGCCAGCCAUUUACUUGACUAAUGAGCUUACUUACUCGGACUCAACAUUGCAAGCGCUGUGAAUGGAAAACAGAAUACACUUAACAUAGAAAUGAAUGAUUGCUUUCGCUUCUACAGUGCAAGGAUUUUUUUGUACAAAACUUUUUUAAAU